CGUGCGGCUCAGUAAAAUGGCUGUAUGUAGCGGAGCCUCGUGUUGGUUGGGUUCGCUCCCUGCCGCUGCCCGGGCUCAGUAACACAACUCCCACAACAAUUUUUGUCGCUGUUUUACGCAUUGUAUGGAGCCUCCAUCAUCUCUCUAACUCAUUUGCGGAGCCGGAACCGGGGGGAUGGCCGCCGGAGUCGGGCCGGUGUGAGAAUGAGUCGGCACAAGGAUAAAUGGUUAUAAACAAUUAUUUAUAUUCAAUGCUAGCUUGUGAUUGUGACUGACUCGCCGAGAGAGGGAGAGAGAGGUGGUGGUGGUGGUGGUGGUGGGGGGGGGCGGUAUAUCAUGGCCGCUCAGGUCGCCAGCGCCGCCACUCUGAACACUAGCCCGCCUUCCGAACUCAAAAAGCCGGAUCGAGACCCCAAGGAGGAGUCGGUACCGAGGGAGAAGCAGUCAGACAAAAAGCAGCCGGGCUUGGACAGCGGAUCGCCGGGCCGGGGGGAUCUGCAGGACGGGGCCGAGGGUGGAAAUGCAGGGGGAGGAGGGGAACCUGAGAUGAAGAACGGGAAUGGGAACCCGCCCAGGGCUAACAAUAAUAACCAGAAUGACUCUGUCGGACCGGAGGGAAAUAAUCAUCCCGGUUUGGUGCAUCACCACGGCGCCGCGUUUCCUCCACCUUCAUACGGAUACAGCCAGCACUACGGCCGGGCCCCUUUUCAUCAACAUGGCGGACAACAAAGCCCUGGCAUGGCAGCUGCUGCGGGUCCGGUCGUGCAGUCGAGCAACAUGAUGGACCCGUACCAGCCCAAUUCGCACGAGCAUGGCUUCGCGAACCACCAGUUCAACAACUACAACCCGUUCCCGAACAGGACUCCGUAUCCCGGCCAGGCGUACGCCGUGAACUCCCCUCGCAGUACCCAGGCGCCGACAGCUGGGGGGCAGCCAGCUAAGCAGCAGCAGCAGCAGCAGCAGCAGCCGCCGCCGCCACCAGCGGGAGGACCCACGGCGAUGGCCGGAUCUUACAGUAACCAGAGAUAUAACAUCGGCAACCCGCAGCCCACGUCCACGCCGACGCUCAACAAGCUCCUGACGUCCCCGAGCUCCACGCGGGGAUAUCCCAACUACCCGCCGGGCGACUACAGUAGCCAGGAGGCUGCUAGUAAGGGACCAGCGGAGCUGAGCAGUGGCGGCCAGUACGCAGGCAGCAAUCCGGGCUGGCAACAAAGAAGCCACCACCCGUCGCCCAUGAGCCCGGGGAGCGCCGGGCAGCCGCUGGUUAGGAACCAGCCACCUGGUCCCAUGGAUCCAAUGGGGAAAAUGAGAGGCCAACUAUAUGUUGCAGGCAGUCCAUACGGUCAGCAGUCACAGCAGGGGCCCCCCACAGGUCCACAACAGGGACCCGGUUACCCAGGCCAGGGUUAUGGCUCUCCAGGUCCCCAGCGAUACCCAGUGGGAAUGCAAGGAAGAACCCCUGGAAAUAUGGGUACCAUGCCAUAUGGUCCACAGAUGGGAUCUUAUGGACCGCAGGGAGCAGGAGGUUAUGGCUCUCAGGGCCAGGCACAGUAUUACGGCCAGCCUGGCCAGGCUCCUCAUCCAAGCCAGCAGCAAACCCCCUACUCACAGCCCCCACCGGGACAACCGGGUGGCCAGACACCUUACCCAGGGCAACCCCACCCUGCGCCAACUUCUGCUCCUCACACCCAGGGAGGACCACCAUAUCAGCAGCCCCACAUGCCCCCACAGCCCCAGGGGCCACUGCCAGGCCCAUCCCAAGGGCCCCCACAAUCUCAGCCACCUUAUUCUCAAGCCUCAGCCCCACAGCCUGGCCAGCCUCCCUACGCCCAACAGCAGGGUCCUCCCAGUCAGGCCCCGCCGCAGCCAAGUUCUCAGGCUCCCCCUGGAUCACAGGGACAGUCUAGCUACCCUGGAUCUACACAGGGGCCUCCGCAGCCUCCCUCGCAGCAACAGCAGGCACAGUCCCAGCCUCCACAGCAGCCAUCGGGACACAGCCAACACCCACAGGGCCAGCCUGCUGCGUACCCACAGAACCCGCAGCAGCAAGCACAACAGUCACCUUUUCAGCGCUUUCCUCCUCCACCACAGCAGGAGGUAUCCCAGGACUCAUUUCAGUCCAACGCCCCGCCAUCCACUCAGCCUAAAUCCGGCCCAGAGGACAGCCAAGGCCGCCCCUCCAGCCUUCCGGACCUGUCGGGCUCCAUCGAUGACCUGCCUACAGGUACGGAGGGCGCCCUGAGUCCCGGCGUGAGUACAUCAGGUGUGUCCAGCAGCCAGGGCGAGCAAAGUAACCCGGCUCAGUCGCCUUUCUCUCCACACACGUCUCCCCACCUGCCAGGCAUCAGGGGGGGGCCUUCUCCUUCCCCAGCUGGCUCCCCUGCCAGCGCCAGCACACCCCGCACAGGACCACUGUCACCUGCCAACAUGCCAGGGACCCAGAUGCCUCCCAGGCCGUCAAGUGUGCAGUCAGAUGGGAGCCUACAUCCAACAAUGAGCCAGUCUCCUAUGGCCCAGGAAAGAGGGUUUAUGCAGAGAAACCCUCAAAUGCCCCCUUAUGGCUCCCCCCAGUCGGCCUCUGCACUUUCGCCGCGACCGUCCUCAGGAGGACAGAUACAUCCUGCGAUGGCCCCAUAUCAGCAGAACAACUCCAUUGCUGGCUACGGGCAACAAGGGGCACAGUAUGGCCCCCAAGGUUAUCCCCGUCAGCCUGGCUAUGGCAACAUGCCCAACGCCAACUACCCUGGUCCAGGCAUGGGCCCAAUGAACCCUAUGGCAGGACAAGGUGGGGGGCCACCAUAUGCUGGCAUACCUCCAGGAAGGAUGCCUCCAAAUCAAAUGGGGGCCCGUCCCUAUGGCCCCAACAUGGGCCCCAACAUGGGCCCCAACAUGGGCCCCAACAUGGGCCCCAACAUGGGCCCCAACAUGGGCCCCAACAUAGGCCCCAACAUGGGCCCCAACAUGGGCCCCAACAUGGGCCCCAACAUGGGCCCCAACAUGGGCCCCAACAUGGGCCCAAACAUAGGACCCAACAUGGGUCCCAACAUGGGUCCCAACAUGGGCCCCAACAUGCCUGCUAACAUGGGCAACAUGCCACCCCAGGUAGGCUCAGGAAUGUGUCCACCUCCUGGCAUGAACAGAAAGUCCCAGGACCCAGCGGCCAUGCAGCACCCUGCCACCAACUCCAUGCACAGCAGGAUGCCUGGUUACCCCAACAUGUCUCCAGGCAUGAUGGGGUCCGGUCCGCCUUAUGGCCCUCCCAUAAACAACAUGCCUGGAAUGAUGAACACACAAGGCGGAUCACCUUAUCCUAUGGGGCCAAACAUGGCCAACAACUCGAGUGGUAUGGCCCCCAGUCCAGAGACGAACAAUAAGAUGAAUAACAAAGUAGAUGGGAGUGUAACGCCCAAGCCAGAACCUAAAUCCAAGAAGUCCAAUUCUUCCACCACAACCAAUGAAAAGAUAACACGCCUGUAUGAGUUGGGGCCUGAGCCGGACAGAAAGAUGUGGGUGGACCGUUAUUUGGCCUUCGUUGAAGAGAAAGCCAUGAGCAUGACGAACCUGCCUGCUGUAGGACGCAAACCCCUCGACCUCUUCCGGCUGUAUAUGUCGGUUAAAGAGAUCGGAGGCAUGACACAGGUGAAUAAGAAUAAGAAGUGGCGUGAUUUGGCCACUUCCCUGAAUGUGGGUACAUCAAGCAGUGCUGCCAGUUCUCUGAAGAAACAGUACAUCCAGUGUUUGUAUGCCUUUGAGUGCAAAGUCGAGCGUGGUGAGGAUCCUCCUCCUGAGAUUUUUGCAGACAACAAAAAGAACCAAGCUGCUAAGGUCCAGCCGCCCUCUCCAGCGUCCCUCUGCUCCACAGCUGGGUCAGGCUCUCUGCAGGGUCCUCAGACACCCCAGUCCACCAGCAGCUCCAUGGCCGAGGGGGGAGACUUAAAACCGCCAACCCCAGCCUCCACUCCUCAUACCCAGAUGCCGCCCAUGCCACCAGUGUCCAGGAGUAGCGUUAACCUGCAGGACCCCUUCUCUGAAGGAAAUGACCCUGCUUUCCCGAGGAAGAACGUGACGCCCAACUCCGCCUAUCAGUCCGGCAUGAACACACCAGACAUGCAGGGGCGCAUGGGCACCUACGAACCCAACAAGGACCCCUUUGCCAACAUGCGGAAAGUUGGGGAGCAGUUUUUACCUGCUAACCCGGGCCCUAACAGCGGGGUGGGCGACCAACAGCAGCAGCAACCGCCACAACAACAGCAGCAGCAGCAGCCUCCAUUCAACAGGGGACCACCUGGGGCGAUGGGCACGAUGCCAAUGGGGCCCAGACAGCAGUAUCCUUAUGGACCAGGCUACGACAGGAGAUCGGAGCAAGGAUUGGGCCCAGAGGGCAACAUGGGAUCCGGUGCUCCUCAGCCAAACCCGAUGAUGCCUGCCAAUGCCGAUGCGGGGAUGUAUUCGCCAAAUCGCUUCCCACCACAGCAGCCACGGCAUGAUUCCUAUGGUAAUCAGUAUCCUGGACCGGGAACGCCCCCUACUGGCUCAUACCCAAAUCAGCAGCCUGGAUUGUACCCACAACAACAACAGAGUUACAAGCGUCCUGUGGAAGGGGGUUACCCUCCAUCAAAACGUCACGAGGCGGAGUACAGUGGGCCUUUCCCCAGUGGACAACAACCACAACCGCCACAGCAACAGCAAGGAGGCACCGCUGCCCCCCCAUCAGGACAACAGGAGUCGUACAAUCAGUACAGCGGCAGUGGGCCCUACCCUGGCUCUGAUCGCCGUCCACCUGGCCCAGGCAAUCAGUUCCCCUUCCCCUUUGGUCGUGAACGAAUGCCGGGAGCGACGGGGCCCAAUGCUCAGCCCAGCAUGCCCCCUCAGAUGAUGCAGCCAGGCCCUGAGGGUCCUCAGGGAGGCAUGUGGCAAGGGCCGCGAGACAUGAACUAUCAGAACUACCCCAGCAGGCCAGGUGGCCCUGGGGGCCCACCCCAGGGACCCGGUUACCCUGGCAUGAAUCGUUCAGAGGAGAUGAUGUCAUCAGAACAACGCAUGAAUCAUGACGGUCAGUGGGGGGGUCAGAUGGGCCCACGGCAGCCUCCCUAUGGUCCAGCUGGGCCUGGCCAACCUAUGCCUCGUUCAGUACAGUCCAACUACCCGCCCCCUCAGGGUGUGCAGAACCACAUUCCACAGGUGUCCAGCCCGGCCUCCAUGCCCCGCCCGAUGGAGAGCAGGACAUCACCCAGUAAAUCUCCCUACAUGCAUGGAGUAAUGAAGAUGCAGAAGGCUGGACCCCCAGUGCCUGCUUCUCACAUAGUGCCCCCUCCAGUGCAGUCGCCUCUAAUAAGGCGAGACAUGCCUUUUCCCCCAGGAUCCAUAGAAGCUUCGCAUCCUGUCCUGAAACCACGUCGGAGACUCACCAUGAAAGAUAUCGGAACACCAGAGGCCUGGAGAGUCAUGAUGUCAUUAAAGUCUGGUUUAUUGGCUGAGAGCACGUGGGCCUUAGAUACCAUCAACAUUCUCCUGUAUGACGACAACAGUAUUUCCACCUUUGAUCUGAACACGUUGCCUGGCCUAUUAGAGUUGGUGGUUGAGUAUUUCAGACGCUGCCUCAUUGAAAUCUUUGGCAUCCUGCGGGAGUAUGAGGUUGGAGAUCUUGGUCAGAGGACAUUACUUGAUCCUGACGCCUUGAAAAAAGAAUGGGAGAGCGUGGCAGAAGAGGAACCACGGGCCGAGGACAUGGAACAAGAGGAUGAAGAUGACGAAGAAGAGGAGGAGCGAGAAAUGGACGGACCAACUUGCGUGAAAGAGGAGCAAGAGCAGGAGCAGUGCAGUAAAUCUCGGGGUCGAGAUGAGAAGGCAGAAGACGGGGAGAAGAAGAGCAAGGGUUCUUCGUCUGAGCAGACGGGCUCAUUGCAAUCCCUACCCGCCCAUGAGAGACGCAAGCAGGCCAGCAAGUUUGACAAGUUUCCUCUUAAGGUGGUACGAAAGAAAGACCCAUUCGCGGCCGGCCAGUCUAACAAUCACGGCAAAAUGCAAGAGUUUGACAGUGGGUUACUUCACUGGAGUGCUGGAGGGGGAGACUCGACAGAACACAUCCAGACCCACUUUGAACCACGCAAAGACUUCUUGGAGCCUCGAGAACGAAUACUCGUGCCCCCAGCUUUGCUGAGGAGACGAGUCCCAGAAGAAGAGACACGGGAAAUUUUUUUACCAAAUGAUGAGGUGAAAGGGAAGCAUCACGACGAAGAAGAAAGGCCAAAAGAGUCAUCUUCCUCGGAGAAAGUAGCCGCCUCAGAGAAGGCCAGCCCCAGACCCAUCAGCGAAGACGAGAGGAAAACACAAUCUGAGACCAAGACCGUUGAGAGAGAUGCUGCAAUUCACCUGGAGAACAUUAGGUCAAUUCUUUCCCCCGGCAGCGUUUUCAUCCCACGGGCAAAGCAGACUGGCACCAUCCUGGAGGACGAGCCUCACAGUAAAGACGAGGGGCCGCUCAUUGCACUGGCUAACUGGCAGGAUUCUUUAUCCCGCCGUUGCAUUUGUGUAUCUAAUAUUGUCCGCAGUCUCUCCUUUGUACCGGGCAAUGACCACGAGAUGUCCAAACACCCAGGGCUGUUGCUGCUACUAGGUCGCCUGAUCCUGCUCCACCACAGGCACCCUGAGCGCAAACAGGCCCCGCUCACCUAUGAGAAAGAUGAAGAUUCAGAGGAGGGCAUGGGCCAAAGGGAUGAAUGGUGGUGGGACUGUCUGGAGCUCCUGAGGGAGAACACACUGGUCACUUUGGCGAACAUCUCAGGCCAGUUGGACCUUUCUCUCUACCCUGAGAGCAUCUGCUUGCCCCUACUUGAUGGUCUUCUCCACUGGGCCGUCUGCCCCUCAGCAGAGGCCCAGGACCCCUUCCCCACCCUGGGCCCCCACAGUUCUUUGUCACCCCAGAGACUGGUCCUGGAGACGCUAAGCAAAUUAAGCAUCCAAGACAACAAUGUGGACCUCAUUUUGGCCACUCCACCAUUUGGUCGGAUAGAGAAGCUAUACGGGAACCUGGUGCGGCUAAUCGGAGACAGGAAGGUUGCCGUCUGCAGGGAGAUGGCCGUGGUCCUACUGGCCAACCUGGCCCAGGGUGAUACUAUGGCAGCCCGAGCAGUCGCUGUUCAGAAGGGCAGUGUGGGCAACUUGCUGGGCUUCCUGGAGGAUAGUCUGGCUGCCACACAGCUUCAGCAGAGCCAGAGCUCUCUACUACACCUACAGGGGAUGCACUUCGAACCCACAAGCCCGGACAUGAUGCGGCGAGCGGCCCGGGCUCUGCACGCCUUAGCCAAGGUGGAGGAGAACCACUCAGAAUUCACACUACACGAAUCCCGACUCCUCGACCUGUCAGUGUCUCCCCUAAUGAACACGCUGGUUUCUCAUGUUAUCUGUGAUGUACUCUUUCUGAUUGGCCAGUCAUGACAGCUGUAGGGAGCCGUGGCUCCACUUUUUGGGGGGUUUGUCCCCAAUCCCCUCUUCCCCGGUAACCUGGCUUGUGUGUGUAAAAGGGCAAGGAAAGUUGAAGUGACUGUCUUUAAUUUAUGAAAAUCCUUCAGAUUCCAUUCUCUGAGCCCUCCCCAGGCCGUCCUUGUUCGAGGAGGAUAAUCACAGAGCUGUGGUGGAUUACAAACCAGAGAGAUGCCCACAAAGUGACACUACUUGCAACAUGAAUGCCGACUGGACGACACAGAGCAGAGCACCACAGUUGGGAGACUGUUCUGCACUUGGGGGGAAAAAGUACUUUUUAAUGAAGAUAAAUGAAUAAAUAAAUAGCUGAAAAACAAAAACUGUAACCAAAGUUGCUGUCUCGUUUACAGUGAGUUUGGGAGACACAGCGUGCCCUAGCUCUCCCCUCGAGGGCACGUUGAGUCCGUAACCGGUUGACGUUCAGAGGUGAAGCAGACUGACAAGUGGCCUACUGGUUAUAGUUGCUGUAGUUGGAUUCUCACCAGUCAGCCCGACGGCACACAAAGUGCUGUCAAUAGACACCUUCACCAGGGAGGCCUGUGCAGUGUGCAGUAGAUUGUAGGACAUUUUCUGUACCAUACUGCUCUUGAGUGUAAGCAUUCUGUAACACACCCGUUUCACACAGAGGCUGACGAUGCAGCUCUUCUAGAGUUUCGAGGUCAUUUUAGUUUGGUGUUGAACAGAAAAUGGCUUUCUUCCCCAAAGUACCAAGAACCUACAACCCUUACCUCCUCUUAUCCCUUGAUUGUAUGAAUACCCUUAUGAAAAGAAAUCACCUCUUAGGACUGGUUUUCAACUUCAAAUACAGCUUUGCUGUGGUGUAUAUAUAAUGUUGUACAUUACACUUCCUUUCUCUGUGUCUGUCUCUGUCUGUGUCACUAUUCUCACACUUGUUAUUGGUGAGGGAUGGAGGCUGACUUUGUGAGUUUGGUCCGUGACCUCCAGUCCCCUGCCGAUAUGACCCACUCCUCUGGUCUUUCCACAGCUCCGUAGUGCGGCAGUCACGGCUCAAACCUGUUAUCUCCUGGUACAACAAAAAUAAACUAGAUGAAGUACACAUUGACAACUUUUCUCUGGUCAUGGAUUCUGCAUAUUUGUAUUUCAGACUAUGUAGCUAAGACAACAUGUAAAUUCCUCUCUUUCCCUUUUUUGGCUCAAUGAAUAUCAUUUAUUCAGUAUGAAAUCUUUAUACUAUAUGUUCCACGUGGUAAGAAUAAAUGUACAUUAAAUCUU